CGAAACUCUUCCGCCGCGAUCUGCUAAUCAGAUCAGCAACCAAACAUGAUAUAUAAGUUCCCUCGUGGGUCGGAUGGUACUGACAAGACCCAUGAGCCGGUUCAAUAACGGACACCUUCACCAUCCUUGACGCUCAAAAUUUUAUCAUCGUCGUAAAGCAUGGAUAUCAACUCCAAGGACAAGGAAGUGGCAGCAGCGUCGUCAUCUGUCAACGAUGACUCGUUGGAGGAUGCCAAAAAGGGGACAGUGAUUGCUGAAAUCGAUGCGACUCCCACUUCAGUCGUGACUCCAGCCGAGAAACGCCUUCUACGAAAGAUCGACUGGCGGGUUUUGCCCAUCCCCAUCCUGCUGGUCGGCCUGUCUUCGAUUGACAGAACCAAUAUUGCCUCAGCGAGGGUCGCAGGAAUGGCAGAUGAUCUCGACUUGGAAGGAAACCGGUACAAUAUCGCUGUUUCGGUCUUCUUCAUCUUUUAUGCUCUGUCUGAGCUACCGAGCAAUCUCAUCGUCCGACCAAUUGGUGUCGUUCCAUACUUGUCGUUCCUCAUCUUUGCAUGGGGCACUGUCGCCAUGUGCCUUGGUUUCGUGAACAAUUUCGUCCAACUCACCGUAUUGCGACUUCUGUUGGGUCUUUUCGAGGGUGGACUCAAUCCUGCUUGCGUCUAUCUGAUCUCCUCAUGGUACAGGCGCUACGAGACGCACCGGAGAAUUGCCAUCUGGUAUACGAUGGCCAGCAUCUUUGCCGGUUUCUCCGGCGUCAUCUCAUACGGGUUCAGUAAAAUGGAGGGAGUGGGAGGACUCCGAGGAUGGCGCUGGAUCUUCAUCAUGCCCGGUAUAAUCACCAUCGCAUGCGUUGUCAUCGUUUACCUCUACGUCUCCGAAUUCCCUGAGAAGGCCAAAUGGCUGAAGCCAGAGGAGCUCGAGCUCGUUAAACAACGCCUCCAAGAUGAUCGGGCUGAAGAAUUCAACGACAAGGCAUCAUUCAAGGAGUCACUGGCCCCAUUGAAAGACUGGCGGAUCUGGGCCAUGUCUAUGUUGUACUUGUACCCGGCCGCCGGAUUCUAUGCUUUGGCCUUCUUCAUGCCCAGUAUUCUCAGCGCCUUUGGAUUUUCGGUGGCUCUUAGCCAGAUUCUUCAGACUCCGCCCUACAUGCUGGGGGCCAUUUGCUCGGUUGCGACAGGGUACUACGCCGACAAAUACCGCAUACGAUCGCCCUUUAUGAUUGGUUACGCCGUCGUGACUGUCAUCGGUUUCAUUCUGAUGGGCUGGGGUCCAAACACAGGCGGCAAACUGACUGGCGUCUUCUUCUCCAUGGCGGGAAUCCAAUGCAUCAUCCCGACCGUCCUCACUUUCAUGCCCAACAACCUGGUCUCGGUCAGAGCUCGACGAGUGGGGAUCGCCACACAAAUUGUGUUUGGAGCCGUUGGUGGCGUCGUUGGUUCCCAAAUCUUUCGAGCACAAGAUGCACCUGGGUAUAGACCCGGCAUGUAUGCGGCGUUUGGUCUCAUGGUGGGAUUCGUCAUCAAUGUGCUUGCCGUCGUCGAGUACUUCCGACGUCAGAACAAGAAGGCGGACCAGGGGCUUGUGAUCAUCGAUGGGGUGGCAGGAUUUCGAUAUACACUAUAGUUUUAAGGGGAGGUUGACUUGAUGCUACAUUGUCAGGACGUAGAUGACAAAGUUUCGGUAGCUUCAGCCGAGGGAGCACAAGAAGCUGAUAGGUUUGAGGGUGACGGUUGUAUAGCUCUUACUAUUGAGCCCUGUGGCAAAUUAGAAAUCAUUAAGAGUAC